AUCAGCACGGUGAGAGCGCACCGUCAUUUUUAGGCAUUUUGUUUACUAUCACUUUAUAUUUACCUAAAUUGAAUUAAAUUUAAGUUACGCACCAUUUAAAACAGAAUCUUGUAUAAAUCGAUACGGGGCGAACAGGGCAAUAAAAAUGGGACGCAAAAUAACUGUUGCGGUUACCACUCUAAACCAAUGGGCUCUGGACUUUGAGGGAAAUAUGGCGCGAAUAUUGCAGUCUAUACUUGAGGCCAAAGAUAUGGGUGCCAGCUAUCGAACUGGCCCUGAACUGGAGGUAUGUGGUUACAGCUGUGAGGAUCACUUUCGUGAGCCAGAUACGUUUCUUCACUCUUGGGAAACAUUAGUUGAAAUCAUGAUGUCCCCUAUUUGCGAGAAUAUGCUAGUGGACGUGGGCAUGCCAGUAAUGCAUCAGAAUGUCGCCUACAAUUGUCGUGUGGCAUUCUUUAACCGUCAACUGCUGUUAAUCCGUCCCAAGAUGGCCAUGUGCGACGAUGGCAACUAUCGUGAGUCUCGCUGGUUUACCGCUUGGACGAAAUCACUGCAAACUGAGGAAUAUUUGUUACCACGUCUAAUUACGCAACAUACUGGUCAGGAGUCGGUGUCUAUUGGUGACGCGGUAAUCGCGACACGGGAUACAUGCAUCGGAUAUGAAAUAUGUGAAGAGCUAUGGAACGUGCGCAGCAAGCACAUUGAGAUGUCACUUUCGGGUGUGGAGAUAAUUGUCAACGGCUCUGGAAGUUAUAUGGAGCUGCGAAAGGCCCACAUUACCAACGACCUCAUAUGCAAUGCAAGCUUUAAGGCCGGUGGUGCCUAUCUUUUUAGCAAUUUACGCGGCUGUGAUGGCCAACGAGUUUAUUUUAAUGGUUGCUCGGCCAUAGCGCUUAACGGUGAUCUAUUGGCGCGGGGCAAGCAAUUUGCACUUCAAGAUGUUGAGGUCAUUUUGGCCACUAUUGAUCUAGAAGAGAUUCGUGCUUAUCGCGUAAGUCUCCGUUCGCGCUGCUCAGCAGCCGCAGGAGCUAUAACCUAUCCUCGAAUUCGUUGCGACUUUGAAAUGUCUACACACAGUGACAUAUUCAAGACAUCCACGCCACCACUGCAACUUACGACUCACACACCGGAAGAGGAAAUCGCUUUGGGACCUGCUUGCUGGCUUUGGGAUUAUCUACGCCGUUCCGGUCAGGGUGGCUUUUUCUUACCCCUAAGCGGAGGUGUUGAUUCCAGCAGCUCUGCGACCAUUGUUUAUUCCAUGUGCCAGCAAAUAGUGCACGCUGUACAACUUGGUGAUGCGCAGGUGCUUUAUGACAUACGCAAAAUACUUGCCGAUAAUGACUAUACACCGAUUAAUGCUGCAGCACUAUGCAAUCGGCUUUUAGUCACCUGUUUCAUGGGAAGCGUCAACAGCAGCAAAGAGACGCGACGCCGUGCUGCUCAGCUAGCUAACCAACUGGGCAGCUAUCAUAUUGAGAUCAGUAUUGAUCUGGCUGUGAACGCGUUGCUGAGCAUAUUUAAUGCAGUAACCGGACUAACACCGGUCUUUCGUACGCAGGGCGGUUGCGCUAGGCAGAAUCUGGCACUGCAAAAUAUUCAGUCGCGCAUUCGCAUGGUUUUAGCUUAUAUUUUUGCUCAACUAAUGCUUUGGGUCCGCAACCGACCAGGUGGUCUGCUCGUUCUAGGCUCCUCUAAUGUAGAUGAAUCGUUGCGUGGCUACCUAACCAAGUAUGACUGCUCCUCGGCGGAUAUCAAUCCCAUUGGCGGCAUUUCAAAGACAGAUUUACGACGUUUUCUGGUCUAUGCCAAGAAAAAGUUUAAUCUUCCUGUGUUAGAGUCUAUAAUCGAUGCUCCUCCCACUGCCGAGCUAGAGCCGUUGCUGGCGAAUGGUGAACUUUUACAAACAGAUGAAGAAGAUAUGGGUAUGAGCUAUGCGGAACUUAGCGAGUAUGGUCGCCUCCGCAAGCAAUUCUUCUGUGGACCUUACAGCAUGUUCUGCAGACUAAUGGCCACUUGGAAAAACGGUCUUAGUCCCAAAGAAGUAGCAGAAAAAGUCAAGCAUUUCUUUCGCUGUUACGCCAUUAAUCGGCAUAAAAUGACCGUACUGACACCUUCCGUGCAUGCGGAAAACUACAGUCCCGACGAUAAUCGAUUCGAUCAUCGGCCAUUCCUUUAUCGCGCCAACUGGAGUUGGCAAUUUAAGGCCAUCGAUGAUGAGAUUGAUAAGUUGCAGCCUAUUUACACACCUUCCACCCAGAUGAGGCCCAAAAGCGAUGAGCUUCUACUCUCGGUUGACACCAGUACGCAACAAUCCAUGCAUUUGGAUGAGUCAAAGCACUCUUCGCCGUUGUCAUCUGCUUCUUUGGAUGUAGGUGUGUCUACAGCAGGGCUGCCCCGUAUUGAUAAUCAACCCUGGAAAAAGGCCAGUGGAUUUUCAAAGUUGCAUGUAAAUGUUCUCGGCAAGAUAAAGGAUCGCACUGGCAUACCAGUUUAAACUCUUUGUUUGCUUGCAUAACUUUUGUUACAUCUUACAUUUUAGAUUAUUAUAUGUACAAACGUAUCCACUGCAAAGAAAACGGAAUAAUAAUUACAAACAUACUAUA